CCUUCUGCGAGUUCCGUGUGUGUUGCGGAAAAAUCCCUUUUUGGGCGUCCGACCACAUGUGAGAAUAGUGAACAAAAUAUGUUUCUAUAGUGAUUUUCAGGCCAUAAAAACCAAUUUCAAAGUGUAUUGUACAUGAGAUUGACAAAUAACGUGCAUACGGACCGUCUAGUGUGCAAAUAAAGGUGGAAUUGUACGACGGAAGUGGAUUUUUUUGAUGUAAAUACUGUUCAGACAGGGUCACUCCGGUGUGCCCCAAGUGGUGUUCCUAUAUUUUUCGUUCCUUCCGCGUCACAUCGCGUUCGUUAUUUGUAUCCGUCGGUCUAUAAUCGCUCAGGCUUGGCUUGGUGCGUAUCGGUCUGUCGUUCUCCAUUACUUGGGUUAGGUCGGCACGAUGCCGUGCUGAGGAGCAUGGUCGCGCGCUCGUGACCGUCGGCGCGGAGCGCGCGCCCCGCUUACAUAACGAGGUGGUGACGGCAUGGCCGCUCGCGUAUCGUCCGAGGGGGCCGGGCCCUCUUACGCGUCGGUAUUAAAUUUUAGAGGUGGUGAUAGCAAUAAAGAAAACAUUGAGGCAUCAGAAGAAGUGGCGGACGCUCCGCCACGCCACGAUGAGGAGGAGGAGGGUUUCGUGCCGGUAAUAUCGCACGGGCGGCGUCCAGGGAAGAGCAGGAGGGAACGUGAAAGGAGAGCCCCUCCGCGACCCCACAAGGUGCCGCAGCCUCACUCCGAGCCUCAGCCGACUGCAGAACAGCAGCAGCAGGCAGAGGAGGCGCAGCCAAAGAAGUUUGUGGAGGCGCCCAUACCAAAAGUCAACCCUUGGCAGUUACGUGGAAGCAGCACGGGUGCUCCUCCCCCGCCGGCACCAGCGGUUCUCGAGGAGAAGAGGUCACCAUUACAGCCACAGCAGCAGGGCAGGGCGCAGCCACCUACAGAGCCGGUCGUCACGCCUCCAGCACCAAAGCCGACGAUUGUGAAGGCUGCCAAGAAUGCCAAGAUAAAUCAAAAGGCGUCAGACUUCACGGACAUCGGCGACUGGCCCACGCUGGGGGCGGCUGUGGCGGGCGGCAGGUGUCACUCCACGCCACCACCACAAGAGGCCGACUCCUCGCAUCAUAAUGGUGUUGCGGACCAGGAGCGCAAACCCCCUGAGGAGCACCACCAUCAGACGAGGGUAGACAAGUCGGAGCCCACGCACAAUCACCAGGGUCACAAUGACAGGCACGAGAGGAAUAUCGAUAAAGCAAAGUCUUCUGGUGUUGGGAAGAGCAGCAGCAAGUCCGGCAAACACAAAUGGGUCCCGCUGGACAUUGAUGUGAAGGCGGCAAGGCCGAGCAAGCAUGGCGCCCAGCACAGUACGAGGCCCGACCAUGACACGGUGUCGCUGAACGGCGAGGACCCCCGAGGCCGCGGCGGCCCCGGGCGUGGGCGGGGCGGGGCGAGGGGCGCGAGGGGAGGCGCGCGGCGACCGCGGCCGGCCUCCGCGCUGCCCGCGCCGCCGCACGCGCACCUGCCAUACCAUCCUCACGAGCUGGCGCACCAUCCUGACCUGGCGCAGCUGCGGGUCGCUCAAGCUGGCGUGGCACAGGGCCUGGUGCUGCAGUACUCGGCCCUCGCGCCGCUCGGCGCCCCCAUGGGCGCUCCGCUGGCGCAGGCCUUCUACUACGGCGCCGCCGCCGCCACCGCCACGCCCUACGGCAUCGGGCUCGACCAGGCCACGCUGAAAGACCUCAUCAAGAAACAAAUCGAAUACUACUUCAGUCCGGACAACUUGGCGCGCGACUUCUUCCUCCGUCGCAAAAUGGCGGCGGACGGCACGAUACCCGUGACGCUGAUAGCUUCGUUCCACCGCGUCAGAGCACUCACAGCUGACGUGCAGCUCGUGCUUGACGCUAUUAGGGACUCGGACAAACUGCAGCUGGUCGGCGGGUUCAAGGUUCGGACAGCGUUCGAGCCAACGAAGUGGCCAAUAUUAGACAUAACAUCUGGCACUAACUCUGACGACGGCGAGAAACAGAAGGUAUCCGAAGAGAAGCCGACAGUUACCGAAGACAAGCCUAAGGCUCCCGAAAAUGAAGUGAAGACGAGUACGCCUAACGACCGACCAACUGUCCCCGAAGCAAGGUCGACCGUUCCCCAAUCAGAAGCAACUGUGCCCCAAGCAGCACCGACUGUGCCCCAAGCAGUACCAACUGCGCCCGAAGUUAAGACAAACCGACCUGAGGAGAGACCAACCUCAACAGAGGACAAGUCGGCCGAAGUAACGCCCGCAGUGACAGAAAUACCAGAGGUUUCGAUAGCCAACGUACAAGUGGCGGACGAGGCGCCCAGUAUAGAGGGUGUGAGCGAGACGGACGCAGUGAAGGCAGAGAGUGAUGCGUCUGCGGGCGCUGUGAGGGAAGGAGAGGAAACUCAGAAGAAAGGCGAUUCCAACGAGGACCCACCUCUGCAGUCAGAGAACAGCGAUGAAAAGCCUGGGGAGAAAAAACGUAAGAAACAAAUGGUGGGGAUAUUUCCCCUAGCCACGAUGGGGGGACCGCUGGUCGCUCCUGUGUCCAGUCUGUUGCGCGCUGUGCCACCGCCACCAUUACCAAGGAUGUUCCGCACGAACCGCGCCACCACGCCGCUGCUGGGUGGCACGCCACCUCUGCUGGGCGGCGCGGCCGGCCCGCAUCACGAUCUGCUCAACCCCGACGUGCCGGAGUUCAUACCGCAAGCCAGGAGGCAAGAGGAGUCAAAUAACGGGAGAUCGGAGACUGACACUCGACAUAGUUCGGGAACGGUCAGCCCCAGCUCCGAGAGGAGCGGCACCGAUGUAUGGACCGAGGUGAAGCGGCGAACGAAGGCAGGUUCCCGUGAACGCGCUCCACCGCCGACCACGGAGCCCGAGUACGAAGAGCAGCGCGAGGAGCUGCACUUCCAGCUCGACGAGGAGCUGGACUUGCCGCCCCCGAGGCACAACACCUUCACAGAUACCUGGUCGGACUCGGAGUCGGAGCUGGAGUUCACGGACCGCGACGUGGGGCGGCUGCUGAUCGUGACGCAGGCGCCGGCGCGCGCGCCGCGCCACGACCACGACCGCCAGGGCGACUGGGUCUCGCGCACCAAGAUCACGCAGGACCUCGAGCAGGUCAUAACAGAUGGACUACGGCAUUAUGAAGAGGAUUUAUGGAAUGACUCUGAAUAUAUGUCGUGCAGCGGCAGCCAGAACCAGUACCGUACGGUGUCGCUGAUCACGCGCGAGCAGUUCGAGGCGGCCGUGCCGCCCGAGCGCCACGCCAACCCCGCGGAGCCGCCGCCGCCGCCGCCCGUGCACGCGGCCCACAACACGCACGCCCACGCACACGCACACGCACACGCACACGCACACGCGCGCCGGGGCGCACAGGGGACGCAGAGCGAGCAGGGCGGACAGGAAGCCGGCAGUAAGCCCAAGCGGCCGCGCCGCACGGCUCGGUUCUACGCAGCCAACAAAGAUCCUCACGCCACCGAUGUCAUCACUAGCAGGAAACACAAGACGCGGCACAGCCUCAACCCACCGGUGGAGCACCAUGUGGGCUGGAUCAUGGACGUUCGUGAGCACCGACCUCGGACACAUAGCACUGGGUCGUCGCUGGGCACGUCGCCGACGCUGGGCUCGUCGUGCGGCUCGGUGCCGCAGUCGCUGCCCGCCUUCCAGCACCCCAGUCACGGGCUGCUGCGCGAGAACCACUUCACGCAGCAGGCCUACCACAAGUACCACUCGCGCUGUCUCAAAGAACGCAAGAAGCUCGGUAUCGGCCAGUCCCAAGAGAUGAACACUCUAUUCAGGUUCUGGUCUUUCUUUCUGAGGGACCACUUCAAUCGCACCAUGUACAACGAGUUCAGGACCUUGGCGAAUGAAGACGCUGCCGCAGGCUUCCGGUACGGUCUCGAGUGCCUCUUCAGAUUCUACUCCUACGGUCUCGAGAGGAAGUUCCGCCCGGAGUUGUACCAGGACUUCCAGACGGAGACGAUAGCUGACUACGAAAAAGGUCAGCUGUACGGACUGGAGAAGUUCUGGGCGUUCCUCAAGUACUACAAGCACGCGUCCGAGCUGCAGGUGGAGCCCAAACUGGACGGUUACCUCUCCAAGUUCAAUAGUAUCGAAGACUUUCGCGUGCUGGAGCCGCAGCUGCACGAGCUGCUGGCGAGCCCGGCGGCGGCGGCCGGCCCGCGCACGCGCUCCGUCUCGGAAAGCGACCGCGCCCUCACCGCCGCCCACAACAACCACUUCUGCCGGGCCGCCGCCGCGUCGAGCAGCAGCAGCGGGACGGCCGCGGGCGGUGCCGCCGCCGGACACAAGGACAGCCGCGGCCGCGCCGGCUCCUGCGGCGCACAAAGUGUCGUCGCUUCGCGCCGCCCAAAAACCCAGAAGCCGUACCCUCAACUGAACUAAAACCGGUCGCAGCGCGUGCGCAGUGACCGCCCAGCACAGCAAUACAGCAGUGUAUAUAGACUCGACGCGAACGUGUGUUACUUAACCUAGUUUUAAAAAUAAAAAAUUAAAUGCAUUUUUUUUAUAUAUAUAUAUAUAUGUAUACAUAACGAGAAAAUAGUGCUGACGGACACUGCAAGACGUUUUAGUGUUUUUUUUUUCUGUCCGGUGUGUAUUUUGUGACUGGUUGCGACCGGUGCGAACUGGUUUGUACCGGUGUUUACCGGCCAUUUUGAAUGGGGACGGACUCUGGAUUGCAGGCAUAUAAUAUACGGAGCCUAGCUUGUACGCAACGACAAUAAGCAAUGCUACGCAACAAGUCAUCACGAGGCGUCUGACUAAUGGCUUCUAGCAUGUAACCUUAAAUUAUAACUACUACUAAAUAUUUAUAUAUAUAUAUAUAUAUUUUUGACAUGUAUCAACCGAAAUUCAGUCAUGAGAGAUAGACAAUUCGUUUUUAAUAGGUAUUCGUUUUCGUAGGAUAAUUAAUAAUAUAUAACGAAAAAGAUAAAAAAGAAUAAUUAAUUAAGGUUUUUUUUUUCUUAGUUAUCGCUUGUAGGUUAGUUUUUUUCAAGUGGCAACACUUUUUUUUUAUAUCACAAGUGGUGCUGCGGUUUUUCAGAUUUCAGUUUUCGGAUCUCUCCUCUAGUGCCGGUUUUUAGUCGUUCUUUUUCUAGAUAUCCGGGGCUAGACUACGAUCGUUGAUUAAUGACGAAAGUUAGAAUUCUCGGAUUUUUUAGGAGAGAAGUUGAUUUCGCGUAUAUUUGCGUCGACAUAAAAGUUAACAAAAUUGUCGAUCGAUAAUUUAAGCUUUUAUGCUUUUUGAAAUUCGAAUAUAUGUUAUUCAGAAAUCGAUCGCUAUAGCGCGAGAUCGCAUAUAUUUUACGUUGACGCAAAUAUAUGGUGACCCAUACGCGCGUAUUGUAUUUAAUAUUCUUUAGAAACGAAAAUGUGUACAGAUGUUAAUAUUUUUCAGGUAGUCAAAUUGAUAUUAGCGAUGACGACAUAGUUCUUCGAAAAUGUAAAUCGUCAGAAAGACUGGCUAAAUGCACGUUUAAAAUGUAAAGAAUUGAUUAAAAAAAAAUGAAUUAAAGUGUUAUGUGAAUCGUUUUGAUAUCUGGAUGUACUUGACAAAUGUUUUUAGUUUUUUUUUUUUUGCAGACCCCAAAAGAUGCAUGUUAUUACAAAAAAAAAAAAAUACAUAUAGAAAAUAAAAUCGAUCUCAAUUUCUAUAAAAAGUUGCCCAUAAGGAAAUGUGAAUAUAAACGAACAUUUAUAUAUGCAAGAGGGAUCAAUUUUAGGGCAAUUCCAGAACUCUUUUUCGCGGCCAUGUAGAGCAAUAAGAUCGCUUGCAAGUAAUGGCAACACAUCAGAAAUAUCCGCGAUCGACGACGAACGACGUUUUACAGUAUUGUGGUAGUACUUUGAACAACUUCGGUAUUGUCGCGCUCAAAAAUUGUUCAUGUCUAUAGGUGACAGUUACCAUAAAUUCAUUGUGAAUUAUUUAUGAAAAUAUCUCACUGUGAUAAUCUACAUCUGUUCGGGUCUGCCCUCUCUAUACUGCCACGUUAUUCGGAUGACACAAGCAUGAGCACACAUUUUGGUAAUACUCUUCCUUGUACAGUUGGGAAUAUGACAGUUGUAAAGGUAACAUUGGCAUUGGACUCGAACAAAAACUAUCACCAAAUACAUGUUUCGGAUAUAAUUUUAUAGAAAUGAUUUUUAAAUGUCCGAUAUGUGUUUUAAUUAAUAUUAUGUAAUUCCAAAUGGGUUUCCUAUAUUGGGGAAGUACUCGCAUAUUAACUUUGUCGAGUAAUACAUUUUUUUUCUUUUUCGAAUUUUAUACUUAGGUGAUAUAAUAUUUAUAUGAUUAUUGUGAAUCGUUUGUCAGUCUUCUCUAUAAUGUAAAAAUUGUAAAUAGUUCCAAUUUGUAUAUUGUAUGAAGAUGUGUCGUUUGUUUUUAUUCUUUUUUUUUUUUUUUUAUUUUGGAAACCCACAGACAAGACACAAUAUGUUAAGUAUCUAUGACACCUAUACUCUACUUGACGCCGUUGUGUCGUCUUUUGCGAUAAUUUUUUUUUUGUCGUCUUACUAUUUUUAAAUAUAUUUUUACCUUUACCAUUGUCAACAUUCUAAAUGUUAUUCUUAAUGAUUCCUAUUCUAGUUUAAGAGCGUAACAGCAUGAUUGCUAUAUCGGUUCACAAAUCGAAACUCUGCAAUAUAUUGAUUGUGUUGUUGGAGCUUAAACUUAACAACCUGAAGUUCGGUGUAAAAGGUCAUAUGUAAAAAUUACUAACUUGCUCAAUGUUUGUUUUUUUUUUUAUGUGCGGAAAAAAUGGAGACUUGUGAUUGUGAUGUGACUCGAUGAUGAUGAUGAAAUGUUUUAUCCAAAUUGAAUUUUUUAAUAUCAUUCUUCUCUAUUCUUAAAAUGAAAGUUCGUCACCACGAUUGGUGUAAUAAGUAUCGAAUGAAGUGUGUUAAAAAUUUGCAAAAAUUGUCAAAAAAAAAAUGAAUUUACUAGCUGUAAUUCGUAGUUUCUUAAAUGGGCAAUAUUUUCUUUGGAUUAAAGACGAUAUUUGCUAAGCAAGAAACAAUUGCUUAUUUAGCUUCGAAAAUAAAUAUUAAGGGGCCAUUAUGUUUUAUCUAGGGUGAUCGCUUAUUAUUUUAGUGUCAGCAUCGAUUAUAUAAGAACCCUUAUAUAUAUAUAAUAUUAUGUCUAAACUACAUAGAAAAUUAGAGCCGACUGUACUGAAAUAGUAACAAAAAAUCUAUUAUGCGACAACCCUACAACCUAUUUUCUUUUUAAAACAAAUAUUGACAUUUGCAAAUGCCUUAAAUUUUAUUAGUCGUAAUUGUUUAAAUAAUAAAAAUUUUAAGUACUCAAAUAUGUAAAUAGAGAAUAGGUAUAAGCAGCUCUAUAUUGUUAUCACGCGAAAAUUAUUUUAAAGACAUUAAAAUUCGUCAUGAUUAAAAUGCCCAAGUCAUUUAUCGACUUAAUAGAUUUAGUCGUGAAUGUAAGCAUUAUUGUGUUCAUGAUUUAGCCUAAUUGGCCUGUGUCUACUAAAAAAAAAAAAAAAAAAAUGGUGGAUUUAUUCCCGCUAUUUUUUAUCAAUUUCGCGCGCAUUUUAGAUGAAGUUAAAAUUUGUCAGACUAUGGCAUGUUGUCUUUGAAAUGUUUUAGUGGGAUUUACGUUCAAUUUGGAUAAAGACAUUAUUUUAUUUCUUAUGUAUAACUGUAUAUUACUAAAUAUAAAGCAGAUUAACAUGAGUCGGUAUAAUUCUUUAGUUUCGUAAUUUUAAGUGUGCUUUUUAUUUUUAAACAGCGCGCUUUAGUGCUGGCAUGUGAGUGAAGUUUUCAAAUAAUAUAUUAUACUCUAAAGUUGAUUAAAAAAAAAUCGCAUACUUACCAUUUUGGAAUAAAAGGAGUAGUUUUUAAAAACAAAAAGACGCCUAGUCUUUUAUUUAUGUUGGUCUUUUUUAAUAGAAUGUAACUAUUUCCAAAUUUUGCUUAAAUUAUACAUUGUAUAAACUCUAUUAUUCCAAUUUAAUUUUGUAACUUCCAUACUUGAUAUUGGAAUGCGUAAAAUUAAAAAGAACGUUCUAUUCUUCAAUCACCAUACCAGCACGAGGCGCGUUUAUUUCGUAACUAUUAGAAUAAAAUAAAAAUAAAAAAAUAAUAUCUACACGCUUAGGUCGCUUCUGAAUAUAAAAUAGUUCCUAAAUGCUAAUUUGUAAUUCUUUUUGACAUAGAAAUCGUAUAUAUGGUUUUAUAUACCUAAUAUUCAGAAGAUAUCGUAAUUUUUUUUAAUAAUCCAAGAAAUCUCAAUUCUAAUGAAUGAUUAUUAAAAUCGUCAGAAUUUCGCAUUUAACGUAUUUAAUUUUAUAAAAUAAAUCGAUUUCUGUGUCAAACCAACCUUGAAGAUUGUCAGUGUCAAUUUUGGAUCUAUAAAAUGGCAACACUUAUGUCAAAUUAACUUUGGACUAGUCACAUGUUUAUCAAAUUUGACAUUUACAAUCUUACGGUUGUCAGAUAUGCGUUGAAACAAGUGAAAUCCGAAUAUUCCAAAUUUGAAUUCAAUAAAAUAGAAUGAUUUUGAAAGUUCUGAUAACCUAUUAUUAUUAAUAAUAAUAAUAUUUGACUGUAUCUAUCAUAUCUUACAAGUUCAUUUAAGUAUUGGACGCAUGUUUCUGUCUCUCUUGUUUAAUAGAAUUUUAAUAGGCGAGAUUUAACCUCGAAAUGAAUUUGAAAUAAUUGAAUCUGUGUAUCGUAAUUAUACUUAUUUUUUUUUCGGCAUACCUAUUUUUUUUUUUUAAUAAAAUUACCAGCAUAUUUUAAUUUUAAUUAUCCAUUAUUAUAAUAUAAAUCUAUAGCUUGGACGAAUAUGUGCGUCCAAUUACAUUAAGUUAAUAUAACCGUCCCGUAAAUUUAUUAUUAGAACGAUUUAAAGUUAACCAUAGUUUCAUUAGACAUGGUACGAAGCGAUCGAGAGCCGUUGACGUCACAUUUUCAAAAUACUCUGCAAACAUUGUUUUAAUUGACUAAUCUUGCCAUAUGUGAAAUUACAUUGUGAUUUUUUUUUUUAUAAUCUUCAGACAUAGACAAUUUUCUUUUUUUGUUUAUAAUUAACUUAUAACUUUCUUUCUCGAAUCAUGACCAUUUAAUAGUUUCUUAUUAUUUCCAUAACUGGAUUUAAAAUAAAAAUAAUAAAAUAAUGUUAUAUAAACAUUUGAAUUAUUUAAAAAUUUGUGAUUGAUUCACACGCUGCAAUUUAAAUAUGUUAAUGUAAAAAUUUGCUACACUUUUUGCUCUACUACAUUAUAAAUGCUCCAUUUUUUCUGUCGAUACCACACAAAUAUUGUAUUGAUUGUAUUUAUAUAACAAUUCUGACUAGACAUGGAUCAUAUAUGUCUAGAUGGCUCGAAUGUCCAUAACAUUCUAUAAACGGGUAGCGUACAGUAAUUUUUUGGCAAUUUCUUUUAAAACAAAACAAAGUUCGCCAAUGUUUAAUGCUGUAAGUAAUUUAAUACAAAUGUUCCUCAUAUUAAACUAUUUGUUUAAUAAGAAUUGACUGUUUUUUCAUAUAACAAAAGUAUUGUAUACAUUAAUUAUUAAAAAUAGCCACCGCUUACAAAGAUUCUGUCAAGGUGCACAUAUUUUAUGUCAAUUUCAAAUAUUAAAAACAUAGAAAACUAAUCAAUGAAAAUAUUAUGUCUGAAUCUUGAUACGCAGUUUACUUAUUGUAUUGUUUUUUUUUUUUUUAAUUUAAACUUGUAAUACAUAUUUCUGCCACUUCCAAAACACUAAUUUUAUAUUCUGGUAUCCCUAUUGGCACAUAUAUUACCAAAACAAUACUGUUUUUGGCAAAGCGUUUUUAUAGAGACUCUCCAUCUAGAACUAUAUGAUCUUUAGAGCUUAAUAGAGCGUAAAAUAAAUUGAAGUGUUAAUGAAUUUUCAUUGAUUUAAACUAUUAAUUUCAUUAGACCUGCAUAGAUUCAUGUCGUAUAGGGAGAUCAAGGAUAUGGCCUGGGAUAGAGCUGGCUGGAGGAAGAUGCAUGAAUUGGUUGCACCGACAACAGGGAACUCUUAAAUGCAUAGAUUUUGAGGAUGUGACGUCACAAAUGACAACAUAUGAGAAUUGUGUUAUUGUUAAGUUUUUUUUUUUUCUUUAAUUUAAUCCGUGACGAUUGUUGCAAUCUAUUAUUAAGUACGCCAAAGUAGAGGAAAGCUUGUGUAAUGCACAUACAAAAUAAACUAGGAUCAUGUAUUGACGAAAACUUACAAAAAAAAAUGCUGUUAAGUGUAUCAUAGGUUAGGUUACACUCGAUAGAAGUUGUUUUUUUUUUUUUUUUUCAUUUUAUAAUUUGAAGGUAAUUUUCUUUUUUGGAUUAUAAAAAAAAAAUUGGUUGUUGUAAUUAUAGUAAUUCGUAGGUGUUUAAUAGUAAUAGGCGUAUAAAAAGGAUGAUUUCACGCGUACUUUCUCGAUGGCCGCUACGGACGUGCCCCCGACAUGUUGCGCUCUGUGAAAAUUGGUGUAUGUUUUAUUGAUUUCUCGUUUUCACAAAAUACAAAUUGCUGACCCGGCACAUCGGGCGCUUUCGUUGCCGGCGAUCCUUAUGGCUGUAAGUUAUACACUAUAGACGUAAUAUUAUUAUAUUGAUAAAUAAAUUAAUAAUAAAAAAACAA